CUUUCCAACCACCAAUGUAUAGAUUUAGGAGUCUAAAAUUCCAUUUUAGACAUUUUAGACUCUUAAAACUCCACCACUACAGAUGGUCUUAUAGAUGGACAAAAAGAAAAUAACAUAAACUAUUGCAAAAGAAAAAAUAACAAAAGGUAAGUAAUUUAUUGGUCUCAAACAUAAAAACGCUACAUUUACAGAGAACAAAAAUCCGUUUAACAAGUCUUGCAAAUGAGCUUUUGUCUAGCCUUGGAUGCCUAGGUUUUCUAUGUUGUUUGGCAGAAUCCAAUUCCACUUCAAUCUCGUCUAACAAUUACUUGGCCCAGUCUGCCUCCUAGCAGGCCCCCAGUGCCUUUUUCAUUGCCAUACAGAUACAGAGGUAUUAGCCGAUCUUGUAAUGAGGUGGCCACCUCAGAUCCAACCGGUUGGAUGUCAUCUAUUUCCACUAUAAAUGUAUUUGCUCUACCGGGAAUGGGUAAAAAGGAUCUAUUUUCGAGCAAAUUAGAGGAAGACCAUCCCUAGCAAAUAUGCAGAGCUUACCGGAUGAGAAGAGGACCUUGCUCUUCAGAGAAAAGCAUUUUUCCAGAACCAGUUUCCGAUAACACAAGUUCAAAAUAGUAUAUGUUUGUUUCAGGGUCAGCACGUGGGGGGGGGGGGGGGGGGGGGAGGUUCAGAAUGUCCUUCGCUAUCUCCACAUUUUGAGUUUGAUGUUAGUUCUCCCUAGAAGCUCAUCUCCAAAAUUUGUUAUAAAUACAACCGUUUCUUCGAUUUACAUGAACGGGGAAACAGUUAGUGAUAUCUUUAGCAGCACGAUUGCCAGUCAAAAAAAGGUUCUAGAAGUGAGGUUUAAAUGAGGCACAUGUGGGUAUAAAUCAUGAAUGUACUAUUUUAAUAAGUCAAACACGAGGGGGCACAGCGAUGCGAACUGCAUCUAGGGCGGCACAGCGACUCCCGUGCGAUUUUCGUCAAAUCGGUGACCGCGUCUGGGAACGACAUAUUAGACAGUGGAAGGCGACAGGGACAAGGCGCCGGAGCAGCUUUGACUCGCGAUGGGGUUUUCAUCGUCGCGGCGGUGAUAUUCCAUGGGAGAAGCGGCCUCUCAACCAAUCUGGGGAGGCUUCGUCCCGUUUCUCCUCCGACAACCAGGCACGGCGUCGCCUUCUGCGGAACAGAGAACGUGCGACUACAUAUGGGGCAGAAUCUGUUGGAAGAAAUUUCUGGGAAUCUCAGGUUUCAUCGAUUGGAGCUCGUAGACGAAUCUGGCCUUCAAAGCGGCAGUUUUGGAAUCGACAUGGUAGCUCAGUUGGGUUUCAAGGUGGGAAGAAAAGGAGGUUAACAGAAGUUGGAGGGGGUGAUUUCCUAUCCGUUCCCAUUAUCACAGAUGAGUUCGUCAUUGAAAGUAAAUUCUUUCAAUUUAAAGUUAUUGACAGCGCUUCUAUUCGCAUUUCUGAAACAAAAGAAGGAAUUUCAUCUAUAUUGGACUUAGAUUUUGCUAGGCUUACUUGGCUAAAGGAUUCCAUUAUCAAGAUUUUUUCUGAUAAUAAAUCUUGUAGUAAGCUAGAGCUGAACAAAUCACUUAUAGUUCGGUAUGAUGAAAAUUACUUUGGGGGUUUUAUCCAAAUCAUUGAAAAAGGCAGUGACUCUCUAUUUAUACCCGAGGGAUGGAACGGGCAGGGGAUUCAUCUAUUUCUUACAGGAAUUGGAAAAACAAUUGCAUCGUUGAAGGAAAUCGCUGCAAAAUCACAGGCCGUUGGACAUACUUCAGGUAAGGUUUUCUCUGAUGGGGUGGCUUCCAAUGACUUGGAAUUUCUACCUUUUGAUGGGAAUAAUCUUUAUUGUGACACGGGAACCUCCAUCUCGGGUGCAUUACUACAAGUCGAUAUUGAUUCAUUCAAUCAUUCUUCAGAUUUGGUUUCGGUUGAUGAUGUUCGUAGUGGGGAACAUAUCCCCGAUUCUGAUGCACUUUUAGAACUUAAAGAAUUUUUUCAAGUCACUUUGACAAAUGGGGUAGAUUCACUUUCUCAUUUUUUACUUUAUGAGAUUGAGAAACUUCUUGCUGCUGCUUUGGGUAAUCGAGACAAUUUGCUUAUAAAACCCAUUGAUGAUGGAAAACCUUCUCGAAUGCAAAAUGAUUCAGGGAAAGUUGAUGAAAACAAGAUUGGAGUUUUAGAGUCAAGAAAUAUUGGCAUUGGAGGUGAUCACACAGAUUUUUGUUGGGAUUAUGCAAAUUUGGACUGCAUCGGUAAUCUUAACGCAAAUUUUGAGGAAGAUUUUGGAGGAUCAUACUCUACACAUUCAGGUGAUGAAUUCCUUGGCCAUGUCUCGGAAAAUGAGAAAAGGGUUCCUAUUUCAACGGUAGAUGAUCUUUGGGAUUCUGAUACUAAUGAAGUUAUUUGUCAAAAAGCUUUGUUGGUCACACGAGAUAACUGUUUGCCCACACAGAACUUGAACACUCAAAAGAGAAUGUACAAAAAGAAGAAUCAGAGAUCACAUCUUAUGAGAACUAGAUCUCAAACACGGGCGGGUCUUUGAAGAUUCUACUUAGGGCUAGGGAUUUUUAGGGAGUGAUUCUAUUUAGGGCUAGGGAAAGUUUCAACUUUGGGUUGGGUUCUACUCUUGUUUGUCUCUUUUUUGUUUGUUUUUCUGUUUCCGUAUUUCUUUCAUGUACUUUCUUUUGAUUAAUAAAAUAUUUUUUAUUUAAAAAAAAAAAAAAAAAAAAAAAAAAAAAAAAAAAAAAAAAAAAAAAAAAAAAAAAAAAAAUCAUGAAUGUACUUGAUACAAUAGGCAGUCCCCAUAACCCUCAUCUUUGUAUUCCAGUCGAGAUGUUCAACUUCUUUGACUGAAAGAAACAAAAUAAUAGACAGAAAAUUUAGUCACUUGUGUGAGACCUAUCUUGUUUCAACUCAAAAUAAUCAACUAAUACUGUUAGUGUAAAACUAUCUUGAAGCUAAAGACUUUGCUUUCCAUAUCAAAUUCAAAGCAGGCAGAUUCUGAAUUGUAGUUAGCCUUACCAAAAUCUUUAUUCUGUGCAGCAUGUUGUUCUUCCUUGAAUGCAGCUCCUUGCCUCCUUCAGCCCUGGUCUGUGCUGCAUUGUAUUAUGUUCGUUCUUCCAUCUGUCCGGAGUUCCCCUGCGUCGCCCCCAUCUUUGUCUGAAUCGCAAGCUGCUGACAUCCGAAUGGUGAAAUGAUGCCUGUUGGAGAGCCCCUAGAUCGCAAGCCGUUGAUUCUGCCUCGACAGUCAUGCGCUGCUCUGGUGGAAAGCCUCUAGAUCGAUUCAAAUCUGGCCAGCGUGAAUCAGAAUUGGUUCUGCGAGACCGAUUCAAAUCUGGCCGACCCUGUUCCAGAUCCCUUCUGCGACGAAAAGAGAGAGAUUGGCUACCCGCUCUGAAAAGACCAUCGUGGAUGUGUUCGACAUUGGGGCGUGAUUCUCAGAUCCGGAUGCGAUAGACUCCCAGUCGCGGCCACGGUACUUCCAUAGUUCCAUCCGUAAAAGUAGUCGGUCGUUCCCCUUUCCCCCAUACGGAAUGAAAUAGAGUAUAUACGGUUUGAGACGCGUAAAAGGAUUUAACUUCCGUUAGUAAUGGAAGAUGCUAACAGGUUAACAUGUACAACAAAGUAAAUAUAAAGUACAAUGAAGUUAUGCAACAAGAGACACCAACAUUUUUUUUAUGCCCGUUAAGCCCUUAACAAUAUUCACACUUAUAAUAUUGUAGAGAUAAAAGUUCUUCCACUUCAAACUUCAAUUCAUUUAGAUACUCUAAAUGGAUUCCUCUGUGAGUUCCUUA